AUGAGCACCACGUUUCUGCAGACUUCUUCCUCCACCUUCGGAGGUGGCUCUACCCGGGGGGGUUCCCUCCGGGUUGGGGGAGGUGGCUUGGGUGUGGGGAGUGUCUACGGGGGAGGUGGGAGCCGAAGUAUCUCAGCUUCUUCUGCAAGGUUCGUCUCCUCGGGGUCAGGAGGGGGAUAUGGGGGCGGCAUGAGCUGCGGCUUCGGUGGAGGGGCUGGUAGUGGUUUCGGUGGAGGCUUUGGAGGUGGCUUUGGUGGGGGUUUUGGCGGUGGCUUUGGUGACUUUGGUGGUGGUGAUGGCGGCCUCCUCUCCGGCAACGAGAAGAUCACCAUGCAGAACCUCAACGACCGCCUGGCCUCCUACCUGGACAAGGUACGCGCCCUGGAGGCGGCCAACGCCGACCUGGAGGUGAAGAUCCGGGACUGGUACCAGAAGCAGACCCCGACCAGCCCGGAGCGUGACUACAGCCACUAUUUCAAGACCAUCGAGGAGCUGCGGGACAAGAUCCUGGCAGCCACCAUUGACAACUCCCGGGUCAUCCUGGAGAUCGAUAACGCCAGGCUGGCUGCAGACGACUUCAGACUCAAGUAUGAGAACGAGCUGGCCCUGCGCCAGAGCGUGGAGGCCGACAUCAACGGCCUGCGCAGGGUGCUGGAUGAGCUGACGCUGGCCAAGGCCGACCUGGAGAUGCAGAUCGAGAGCCUGAAUGAGGAGCUGGCCUACAUGAAGAAGAACCACGAGGAGGAGAUGAGGGAGUUCAGCAACCAGCUGGCUGGCCAGGUCAACGUGGAGAUGGACGCAGCCCCAGGUGUGGACCUGACCCGUGUGCUGGCGGAGAUGAGGGAGCAGUACGAGGCCAUAGCUGAGAAGAACCGCCGCGAUGCCGAGGCCUGGUUCUUCAGCAAGACGGAGGAGCUGAACAAGGAGGUGGCUUCCAACACAGAGAUGAUCCAGACCAGCAAGACAGAGAUCACAGACCUGAGACGCACCAUGCAGGGGCUGGAGAUCGAGCUGCAGUCCCAGCUCAGCAUGAAAGCCGGGCUGGAGAACUCGCUGGCAGAGACUGAGUGCCGCUACGCCACGCAACUGCAGCAGAUCCAGGGGCUCAUCAGCGGCCUGGAGACCCAGCUGAGUGAGCUCCGCUGUGAGAUGGAGUCUCAGAACCAGGAGUACAAGAUCCUGCUGGACAUCAAGACGCGGCUGGAGCAGGAGAUCACCACCUACCGCAACCUGCUGGAGGGCCAGGAUGCCAGGAUGGCUGGCGUUGGCACCAGAGAAGCCUCCCGGGGAGGCAGCGGCGGUGGCAAGCUCCACAUCAACGUUGAGGAGUCCGUGGAUGGGAAGGUGGUUUCUUCCCACAACAGAGAAAUCUAAGCGCCC